UGAUCUUUCAGUCCAGCUCUUCUCCAGCUGGCCGCUUUGAACACCUCUGUGAUUCAGAGCUGGGCGAUGGGGCUCUUAUUUGGUUUAGUUUGUGUCUUUGCUCUUUUUGCUCCUUCCUGUCUUGGUGCUCCUCUGCUGCAGGUUGAGCGAGGAGAUGUGACAUUACAUCAGGGUGAAAAACUCCAGGAUGACGUGGUACUGGCAGCUAAAUACAUCGAGCGUUUCUACAGUUUUCAGACAGGUCCACCUGGUCAUAGGAAGAGAAGUCAUCCCUCUUUUUCCUCUAAACUGAAAGACAUGCAGAGCUUUUUCAGACUUAAUCAGACAGGCAGCCUGAACACUGAGACACUGGCUGUAAUGAAAAUGCCCAGGUGUGGUGUUCCUGAUAUUCAGGAAUAUGUUUACAACCGAGGCAACAGAUGGAAGAAAAACAAGAUAUCUUACAGCAUUGGGAAGUACACCAGUGACCUACCUAGGAAUACGGUAGACUCCUUGAUUGGAGCAGCUCUGGAUGUGUGGGCAAAGGCCAGCCCUUUACGGUUCUUCAGGUCUUCCUCUCAGCAAGCUGACAUCAUGGUGGAGUUUGGCUCCAAAUACCAUGGAGACAACUACCCCUUUGAUGGACCUAAGGGCACACUGGCUCAUGCUUUUGACCCUGGAGAGGGCAUUGGAGGAGAUGUUCACUUUGAUGAAGAUGAACUUUGGACAGCAGAUUCCAGAGGAUUUAACCUGUAUUUGGUUGCAGCACAUGAGUUUGGACACGCCUUGGGUUUGAAACAUUCUCAAAACCCACAGUCCCUCAUGUAUCCCACAUACAGAAACCGUCAAUCACAAAACAUGCUUUCCAGUGAAGAUAUUAGGAACAUCAACGCACUGUAUGGGCCGAGCGUUACAGCGCCUUAUUACCCAAGGCUGAGUUGGAACUAUCCCUUCAACUCUUGGUACACUGGCUUUUACUAUCCAAGGGCAGUAAAGGACAAAUGUGAUCCUGACCUGUCUUUUGACUCUGUUACUAAUGUAGGACCAUCCAUUUUCUUUUUCAAAGACCGGUAUUUAUGGAUCAAGAAAAAUAAAAAUGACAUAAAGGAGGGUCCCAUCGGCAGUUUCAUUCCAAAAAUCAAUUCAACCAUUGAUGCUGCCUAUUGGCUUCCAAACUCCAAUACCUUCCUUUUCAGUGGUUCCAGCUACUGGACUGUGAACGGCACUCGGAUGACAGGCUGGCGUAAAGAAAUCACCAGCUUUGGUUUCCCAGCCUCAGUGGACCACAUAGAUGCUGCAGUCCACAUUCCCAACACUGGCCACACCUUAUUCUUUACUCAGGACCAGUAUUGGAGAUACAAUGAGAUUCUGGAAACCAUGGAAUCUAACCCACACAUGAUCUCAGAUGAUUUCCCAGGCAUUAAGACGCCCAUCAGUGCAGCUGUUUAUAAGCAUGGUUUCCUUCAUUUCUUUGUUGGACCUGAGGUGUACAAAUAUGAUGUAAUGGUGAGGAAGGUUAUUAGAAUUAAAAAAGCAAAUUCUUGGCUUGGAUGUUAACGAAGAUUUAAAAAAUAUAUAGGCUCACACAAAAUAAUUGUAUGAAAGUAGGCUGUAUUCUAUGCCUAUAAUUGUACAGAAUGCAGAAAACCAGGCUACAUAUAUUAAUGUGCAUCUCCUGGUUUGAAAAUCAAUUUCUUAUUCUCCUUCUUCUUCUAACUUCUUUAAAACUACAUGAGAAACAGGUGUGUGGGGGGAAUCUUGACUGGCUUCAUGGGAAUUAAGGAGUAUUUGCUAUAAGCACAGUCACUUCAUAUGAUAUAUGUUUAUUUUCAGCACUUGUGUUAACACUAAACAGACUGAAAAAUACCUACGGUGCUAAUUAGGCAGUAUCUUAUUUGUUAGGGUUCUGUACAAUUAGCACAGUUUCAUAGAAGAGUCUUGUGUUUCACGCUAGAUGAGGGAGCACCUGCUUCAACAGUGUUAGACUGUUGAUUUCUGAUCAGUGACUUUUAUUAAUAGCCACCUGGUUAUUUACCACUUUAUUUUACACACCAGGUAGUCUAAAAACACUGCAUGAAUAUUAGUUUCAGAAACUGAUACUGUAAAAGUUGUACACAGAGAAUAUCAAAAAAUUUAAUAACUAUAUAAAAUUCAUUAAAAUAUCCAGACCUAAGAUGUAAAUGAUUCAUGACAUGGCAAAAUUGUUUAAAAUGUAAUGUAUUAUUACUGUGUAGCUCAAAUUAAAUAAUGAUAUUCAGAUUUUAUAUAUGUAAUCGGGAACCAAUGUAUUAUUUUGAGUAAUGAUUUUUUGUUUUAUUAAUUUGGAUUCAUUAAUUAUGUUUGACCAAAACCUACAUAGUGUGUAACCUACCAAAAAGAUAGAUGAACAUUAUUCCAAUUUAAAAAAUAAUAAUAAAAAAGAUUGAUAUUAGUAUUUGUGUGGCCUCCCUUAAAAAGCACAUCUCAAUUAUUUCU